UAUAAAAGACCUUUACAGCUCGACACAGAACAUACGGAUUGAUGUCAAACUAACCGUCAAAUACACCAAUACGGUACGAGUGUCUAGGCAUUGAAGCUGUUACUGGUAUAUGUGACUAAAUUGGACAGUCAUGACCCGUAUGUGGGUAGGUCACUGUCAGAUCUACCAGUAUUACCUUCUGUGACUGUAUGUGACAGACUCCUACAUGUAUGUGGACGGCGGGCGUCAGACACACAGAUAUGACCGAUGACACGAUAUCACAUGACCAGGGGCAGUACGGAUACGAUGCGAGCAUACCAUGACGGUGAUUAUUCCCACCGAAAAUCGUUUCGAUAAUUUUCGGAAAGUUAUUACCUCUCGGAAACUCUUUUUUGUGAUUAUUGUGGUGCAGUUCACACUAUUCGUUCUUAUGAUAGUGUACAAUGCGUCUGGUUUAUAUAUAAGGAAUGGCAGGUAUACUACCGAGUCGCCCGAACGGUACUUCAUGAAGAUACGGACCCAGGCUGUAUCCAAUAGCAACAGGAAUACGACCAGUCACUCAACAAACACCACAUCUGUCCAUAUUGAGGUGGUGCCCUAUGUCACAAGGAAGAGCAAGCCAAAUGACACAGUUCCGAAAUGUCCUUUGGUUCCGCCUUAUUUACAGGGUAACAUUCCUGUAGAUCUGACCGAGUAUGACGAGGAAUACUUACCAGAGAAACACCGCUUUGUGGGCAAAGGGGGUGUCUACAAACCCAGGGCAUGUAGGUCACGACAUAGAGUGGCUAUCAUCAUUCCUUACCGGAACCGGAAGAAACAUCUCCGGGUAUUUUUAAAUAAUCUCCACCCCUUCCUUCAGAAGCAACAGCUUGACUACAGAAUAUUUGUUAUCGAAUUGGCCCCGGAUGUUGACUUCAACAGGGCGCUGUCCAUGAACAUUGGGUUCCUUGAGGCGACAAAGAAGUACGGCUAUGAGUGUUUCAUUUUCCAUGACGUGGACUUAAUCCCGGAAAACGAUAACAACAUGUACUCCUGUCCCGAGAACCCCAGACAUAUGUCUGUAGCCAUCGACAAAUACAACUACGAGUUACAAUAUAUGAAGAUCUUUGGUGGUGUAACUGCGAUGACCAAGGAUCAGUUUGAAAUGGUGAACGGCUACUCAAACAAAUUCUUCGGUUGGGGUGGUGAAGAUGAUGACUUAUACAGCAGAAUACGGAAUUUGGGAGUGUCUAUUACCCGGUAUACACCGGAUGUCAGCUCCUACCGGAUGUUGAGACAUCAAGAAGACUCAAACCGCAACAAAAACAGACAUCGUUUGCUAGAAAUUAGUCUUGAUCGAUGGAGAGAAGACGGACUCAAUACGAUUAAGUAUGAGGUGAUACAGACAGUUCGGAAACGCCUCUACACAUAUAUACUGGCUGACAUUGAUCAAGACGAUAUAGCAUAUCAACCUUGGACGAUAGGACGUGGUAAUGGGUCACGUGACGAUUUCUUAGAUCCUGAAGUAGAAGAAAUAUUUCUAAAUAAAGCCAGAUAUUUAUUAAACAAAUUUUCGCUGGACGUUGAUUUGGUGAAUAAGCUUAAAAGGGAAUUUCGUUUUCUUAAUACUUCCAAUGUUGACAUGCAAAAUGUUGCUGGAAUUAUCAGAAAGCUGUUCCCUGCCAAAUCGCCUGUGCCGAUGGAGGUGCCACAAGUUAUUGAAUCUUCAGGAAAUAAUAGCAGAACCGAGCUGCAAACAAGAGCAAAGAAUAAUGGUUCUCAUAGCUACCUAAACCCACUCUUAAAUAAAACCCGGGUAACCGUUCAAACACAAAUGGAAAACCUAAAUUCUAACAAUUCUGUUAAAGUACAACAGAAAAACCCCAACUCCGUCAAUUCUAUUCAAACACAAGACAAAAACAAUUCCUUGCAUUUUGAUCGAGCACAACAAGAAAACCAGAAUCCCGUGAGUUCUGUACAAACACGGGAAGAAAACCAGAAUUUAGUCAAUUUUGUUAAAAAACAAGAAAACCGGUAUUCCUUAAAUUCUGUACAAAAACAGGUAGAAAACCAGAAUCCAGUCAAUUCUGUUCAAAAAGAAGAAAACCAGAAUUCCUUAAAUUCUGUACAAAAACAGGGAGAAAACCAGUAUCCAGUCAAUUCUGUACAAAAACAGGUAGAAAACCAGAUUCCAGUUAAUUCUCUUCAAAAACAAGAAAACCAGAAUUCCGUAAAUUCUGUACAAAAACAGGGAGAAAACCAGAAUCCAGUCAAUUCUGUUCCAAAACAAGAAAACCGGAAUUCCGUAAAUUCUGUACAAAAACAGGGAGAAAACCAGAAUUCCGUAAAUUCUGUACAAAAACGGGGAGAAAACCAGAUUCCCGUCCAUCAUGGUCAAGCAAAACACAAAAAACAGAAUCCCGUCAAAAUUGUUCAAGCACAACGGGAAAACCGGAAUUCCGUAAAUUCUGUACAAAAACAGGGAGAAAACCAGAAUUCCGUAAAUUCUGUACAAAAACGGGGAGAAAACCAGAUUCCCGUCCAUCAUGGUCAAGCAAAACACAAAAAACAGAAUCCCGUCAAAAUUGUUCAAGCACAACGGGAAAACCAGAAUUCCGCACGUUAUGUUCAAAGACAGGAACAAAUCCAAAAUCAAGUUAAUUCUGUGAAAACACAAUUAGGAAACCCGAAUUCCGAGCAAUCUAUUCAAAUACAACAAAAAAUUCAAGCGCCAUCCGAACCUGUUCUUUCCCAACAAGAAAACAACAAACGCAAAAUUCAAACAAACCUGGAAAAUGAGCACGUACACCUACAACCACGGAACGAAACGAAAGAGCAAUCAAGAUAUGUUCAAACACAAAAUCAAACUCAGGCGGAACACAGUCGUGUCAGGAACAUUGACGUUGGUCAACCUAUAAUAGGAAACAAACAAUUUCAAAACUUUCAGCAGUUUCAAAAACGUUUCGAAGUGUUAAAGGGAAAUCCACAGGGAUGGAAAAAUAUGCUUAUCCAACAAGAGCACAAACCACCAUUUAAUCGUCCACAAGUAUUCCAGGAAUGGAAUGAUCACUUGCACCCACAAAAAAAUCAAACCCAGCGGCAAGUUCAUGAGCCUGUCUCAUCUUUAAAAAAUAACACUGACAGUAAGCAUGAAGUGAACAUUAACAUACAAACUAGCCAUAUCAACAAACGAAGGGAGCAUAGCUAUACUUCGAUGAAACGCAAACAAUCACCCAAUAAAAGCAAGACCAAAUCGUAGGUGACAAAACCUAAUUAUAAUCAAUUGGUCAUAAAAAGGGAGCCUUCUUAGCAGAUAAAAUAUUAUAUAAUAACCUACGACACCUUCUUCCAUGGUCUAUAAAGUAAAAAACAAUAAUUGCUUACUGGAACCAGUGGGGACUUAACAAUAUUAUUUAUACAUUCUGGAUAGUAAAGCAAAGUAAACACGGAACAAAUAUCUGUUUACUCACCAUGGCAACCACAGUGAGGUCGCGUGAUUACUUGAUAUUUUGGUUGAAAUACAGGUGUUAUUGUGGUUGAGUACAUCUGUCGAUUCCUGUUCUAUUUUGGUAUGUUGGAGGCAAUAUCGAAAGUUAUGCUCAAUGCCAGCCAGAACAAAGAUGGCCAUAGAUUAUAGUAUUAUUUGAAUAGGCCGGAGGAAUACGCAAGCUCUUGUAUAUAUUUUACAGAUUCGAGGUUGUCUGGAUACUCCAGCAGUGUAAACACAUGUUUGAUGAAGUCCGGUGGUUCAUACUUUAUCAAUACAUGCAUUUUUUUUUAGAGGAUUACACACUUUUGACAUGUGGACUUGGUUUUGUUUACAAACAGGCCAUUAAAUGAAUCACGGUGUGAUGUAUACUUAUAUGGUAAACCGAGCAGCGAGUUCAAUUAAAAUA